UUGCUGGCGGCGCGCGGGGUUGACUUUGUUUGAUUUUAACGGAUUUUUUUUCCGCCUCUGCGCUUGGCCUGGGCUUUUCCCCUUUCUCAGCUCGAGUCCCGGAAAGACAUCAGUGCUGCCGGCACUCUCACCCCGUACCGAGUACGGGGCUCAGACAGAGUGAGCUCUUUUUGAAAUGUCAAACGGCCAAUCUUGCUACAGUAACGGUUACCAAGCAGAUCUUGAGCUCAUGGCUGAGGAAUGCAAGGAUCACGGGGAUGACAAUAUCAGAACCAACUUAAUUGUCAACUACCUGCCUCAGAACAUGACACAGGAUGAGCUACGAAGCCUUUUCGGUAGUAUAGGCGAGGUGGAAUCUGCCAAACUCAUCCGUGACAAGGUUGCAGGCCACAGCCUUGGAUAUGGGUUUGUGAAUUACGUGGCUGCCAAAGAUGCAGAACGAGCUAUUAACACACUUAAUGGUCUGAGACUGCAAUCAAAAACUAUAAAGGUUUCGUAUGCCCGGCCGAGCUCGGACAGCAUUAAGGAUGCAAACCUGUACGUGAGCGGUCUGCCGAAGACAAUGACUCAGAAGGAUUUGGAGCAACUUUUUGGACGUUACGGUCGCAUCAUCACGUCUCGAGUUCUAGUUGACCAAGUCACAGGUAUGUCCAGGGGAGUGGCUUUUAUUCGCUUUGACAGGAAAUCUGAAGCAGAUGAAGCUAUUAACAAUCUGAAUGGGCACAAACCACCUGGUGCUGUUGAACCAAUUACAGUAAAACUCGCAGCCAAUCCCAACCAGAAAACAAAUGCAUCCCUGCUGGCACAGCUGUAUCAUUCACCAGCGAGGCGUUUUCCAGGACCGUUGCACCAUCAGGCACAGAGAUUCAGGUUUUCGCCGAUGAGUGUUGACAAUAUGAGUAGUUUGUCAGGUGUGAACGUUGGUGGUCACAAUCCAUCUGGCUGGUGCAUCUUCAUCUACAACCUGGGUCAAGACGCAGAUGAGGGAAUCCUGUGGCAGAUGUUUGGCCCAUUCGGAGCCGUGACUAAUGUCAAAGUUAUACGCGAUUUCAACACCAACAAAUGCAAAGGGUUUGGCUUUGUAACCAUGACAAACUAUGAGGAGGCUGCCAUGGCCAUCGCUAGCCUGAAUGGCUAUCGCCUUGGAGACAAAAUUCUCCAGGUCUCCUUUAAAACCAGCAAGUCACACAAGGUGUAAUUUAAAGCUUGUGUUCAUUUGUAAACAUUUGAUUAGAAAUACACUGCUGAAAGGUGAAUAAGUCCACUAGUGUAAAGCAACUCUUAUUGUUGUGACAGACGUGUUUUGUCUACCAUUCUAGAAGAAAAAGUGAAAAGGAUUUUUUAUAUUAGUACUCUGGGAUGCAACUAAUAUGAAAUGUUCAAAUGUUUGAUACAUUUCCUUCCUUAGUCCCCUCCUUUCUUCCUAAGCACCCAAAAAAGGAGGGCAAAAUACUGAACUAUAUUGUAGGUCUGUGGAUUUAAAAUAAUACUCUUUAAAUUGCAAUAUUCAUUCCAUUUUAAUAUAAUCAGUUGACUAGCAACCAGCUCUUGGUUGAUGCCUGCUUGCAUUGGAAAAGCAAUUUCAUAAAUGCGCUACUUGCUCUCACAGGUUUAAUGCAUUAGUAAACAUUUUUGAAUUAAAAUGAUGAUUUAUGCCUGUAAGACAAACAUGUUGCAUAUUAAGUUCAUCCAGACCUCGGAACCAUGGCUGUAAUAUGUUUACUCUAGAUAAGUAUAAAUGGCACCUCUGUGCCUUUCUUAUCAUGAAAUGUGGAGGUAGGUGCAAAACAGUUCAGUUUUAAUUCCUGACAUGGGUAUAACAGUGAGUCAUCUUAAUAAGAUUUAGAGUGUCAAUACAAAAAUUGAACAGGUUUACUUGUACAUUUGCCAAAUUUUUGGGUGAAAGGAACAUUUUGGUUGGGAAGUGUAGUGUAGAAUUACUCUGCUUGUAAUAUUAUCUUGGGAGGUUUAAACCUUUGAACAUUUGUAAGUUUGUUGCACCCCACUUAGUGAACUCCAUUUCUUUUUUUAAAAAAAGUUUUUGUUUUUUUUGCAUAAUUGACAUGCUAAGUUGGGAUAAUGCAUCAGAAUAGAAAGUACUUAAAUGUUUUUCUCAUGCAGGUUAGCUGUCAACACAAAGCUUUGUUAAAAUAGAUUUAAAGAAGACUAAUCUAAAAGUUUUUACAACUGCCUUUGAAAUUAGUUAAUGUUCUGUUAUAUAAUUUCUUUUCAUUUUGUUUCCUUUGUUUUGUUUGACUAUUGAUUUUACUUUUGCAUUUAUGAUCAUUAAAUUUGUUUUGUUUUGCUCCAAUUUUGUUUAGUUUUUGUUAUUUUUCUGUUUUAAAGUUAAUUUGCUGUUUAGCGCUUCAAACUUUUGUUUUACGAUUAAGGGUAGGGAUAGAGGGGCCAGUGUGCAGACAGGCACCUGAUCUUUAGGUACCCUAUCAAAGAGUUUUACACCUUUUGCUGAAGUGGGCUUCACAGAGCAUCUAUUUUUAUAAACAAACUUUUUACAGGAGUGCUAGCAGGGGAUUUUGAGUGGAAAGUUUUGUAUGCCAACUGAUGAGCUUUUAAAUAAAUUAACCAGCCUUGAACCUUUAGUAGGCAGUUAGCUGUAGCUGGCUUUUAAAUCUUUGUCAGAAUUAAGUGCAGACACAAAUCCACUGGUCCUGUUUGAAUGAAGGCAGGUUGCAAAAAGGAAUGUGAACUUGUGUUGCAUAUGUUGAGCACAUGAUUAUGAAUAAUAGUUGGAGUAACUUAACUACUUAAACCCAUGGUAAAUGCACUGUCAAACUUAAUCUCAAAUGUAUAGCAAAAGGAGCUGACACCAAAUAUACCAUUGCUUUAGACCCGUUUACCUUUGUGCCAUAUGCACUGAUAUGUUGAAACACCAGAAUGUGAUUUUUGAAUAUUUUUGGAGAAUUUCAGAAUGUGAACAGUUAAGGCAAGUGAAUUUUAGUCAACCUCCUUUUUUUAGUCCCCAUCCCAGUACUCAAAACCCCUAGAUGAAGAAGUUGGAGAAAAACAUGCUUCUUUCAUAAUAUGCAAAUACAUUUUGAAUUUUUAAAAGUUCUAAAAAAGCUAAUUGCAGUUUCUGGGAGCUGAGAGGAGUAUAGUUGCCAAAUUUAAUCAAGACUGAUGUAAGGUUUGCAUUUCUCAUAGGAAAUCCUUUUUCUCCCAACUUUGUCCAACUCAUUAAGUUUCUAGUGCCAGAUCUCAUUCAGCUUUUCUCUGGAGAGAGAGAAGAAAAUUGUAGAGAUAUUCCCGAAUUUCCUUCAAUGCUGUUGCUUGAACAUCAGUUACAUGAUGGUGGAAAAUAGAAGUUUUUCACAGAAGAAAUUAUAUUUGGGACAUAAUUUGUAUCUGAAACAAUUAGCAAUAGUCUGCUAUAGGAGGGUGAAAGCAGUAGGAAUAUAUGUGAGAGAAUGCAUGAGUGUAGUUUUUUUUAUGACAAUCUAACUUCUUAAAUUUCAUUGAGGUAAUUGUUCACAUUUAUAAACUGAUUUUAUCAUUCCACUAACUAAAUUCCUUCUGUUAUGCACGCUUUCAUAACUUGCGUGUAAGGAAACCCUGUUAUGAAAAGAUAAUCUGGUUGACAGCUUGUGUAUUUGUUUGAGAUUAUGUUUUCUGGUAAAAUCAGGUUUGCUCAGAUUUUGUAGUACUCAGCAGUUUACCUCUUUGCCGCAAAUACAUGUGACAAAAGUUGUUCUUGCUAUUUUGUGUGACCGAACAGAGAACUUUUGGUAUCUGAAUUUUUUAAGCCCAUUUCUAGGCUAAUCUGUUUGUAAUGAGGCAAUAAUUCUACUCAUAACUGAAAGAUCAGCAAGACUAGUUUUGUGACCAGAGGACUGAUAGAAUAUUUUUCAUACUAAAGGAUAUUGUGCAGUUACUGGUUCAACACCCAUCAUGACCAGUGCUUUUUGUCCUCCCAGUUGCCACACUUCAAAAUACCGUACAACCCACCAGCUAAAUCAAUUUAAUUUGUGCUGAUCUUAAUCCAUAAUUUGUACUUGCUCUCCAUGUAUUUAUAGCGCAACAUCUAGUUGAUGUGAAUUGAAUUCUGUUUAAUACGGUGUUAACUUGCACAUUGAAGAAAUGCAGAUUUGGCAUUAUACACAAAAACACCAACUGAAAACUCAUUGCAAUGAACAGAUAUCAAUCAGUGUUACAGCUAAUUGCCUGUACUAUCAUCUUUUAUGCUCACAAUUUGCUUUUUCUGGUGGGCAAUUGGGGAAACUUUACCCGAAAAGAAUACUAAAUGAUGUUCUUAAUUUUAAACAAAAAGCCAAUUAAUUUGAACUAAAAUCCAAAAUAAUUGUCUAUAAAGAUACUUUAUUAUCCUAUAAUUGAUAUCUAAGUGUAGAUAUAAAAGAUUUCUGUUCAGUUUAGAAUAUUUUCACUCUCUUUAUUUUUAAAAUGCCAACAAUCCGUGCUUGAAUUCUUAACCAUUCCUAUGAUGCCUGGACAACUGUGCAGGUGAGAUUAGUUUAUCAGCAAAAUGGUUGCAGUCAAUGCCAUAUCAUUCCCCCAUCCCCAUCUGGCACUUGUACAUCUUUUAUCUAAAUUAAGAUUUCAGUGCUUUUCUUCAGCUUGAUUAUUCAGUGCUUUGAGACAAAUUCCUAACCAUAAAUUUAUUUGUCAUUUUCUUAUUCUGACCAUCUGACCUCUGCUAUCAUUUGCUACCCCAGCAUCACAGCCACUGAAUAAUUAAGCAUAAUUCCAGUAUGAAUUUAAUUUUCAACUGCAAAAUUUGUAGCAGGAAAAAUGAUGGGUUGUUGCUUUUGGUGACAUUGUCAGAAGAAGAGUGAUGUCUGAAAUAUUUUGGACAGUUUAUGAAAAGGAAAUGUAAAUGAUUCCUUUCUUCCUUUGUUGGUUCUCAUCAAACUGUUUUAUCCUAUUAUUGUCCUAAGAUAGAGCUGUAAAUAUAUUUUGAAGAGGACUGAUUUCUCUAUUCAGUUUUCUACUUUGCAGCCAUUCAAUGGCCACUACAGUACCUAAGCCCCACUACUUUUUCUUCAACAAAUUCUAAUUAGGCAUGAAUAACCUAUGUUCUACACUUGAGCUAGGCCUUUAAAAUGUUGAUCAAUUAAAUUGUAAUCAUAAAGUUGGGUUAGGAAUAACUAAAUAUUACCUCUUGGAGUUUGAGGUUUGGAUGGUGCUAAUCAGGCUGUCUUGAUGGAAACACUGAUCACCUGGUUUCGAAACACUGGAUUUCUUAUUGUUCUUGCUUAGUUUGUAAUGGGGUAUAAAAGAACUGUACCAAAGCUGAGGAAUUUUGGAUUAUGCUGACAGAUGUAUUUUCCCGAACUGCAGUCUUUCCAGAUUAGGCUGAUGACUGCAAAGGCUGGUUCUUCCUUCGAUUUUUCACCCCUGAGCAGAAUCUGCCUCAUAUACACCAAAAUGAGAUGGUGUUUGUCAUUUUGCUGUUGUUCGUGUCUUUCAAAAAUGUAUUUGAAAGCUAUUUGUGGAUUUCUAUGACUUCACGUUGAAUUUUCUUUUUAGAAAAGGGCAGAUUAAAACUAUGCAAAUCUCAAAAGUUAAAUCUCUAUUUGACCUGGAAAUACCAUGUGAUUUUCUUUUAGAUCACUGCAGGCUUAAAGUUAUGGAGGUAAGCCUGUUUCCAGUUGUCAUUAUUUUAAUUGGGUAAAGAAGCAAGUAAAGUAGAAAAUUUGUCUUGCAUGGUAGCAAUUUGGAUAUUAUUUAUUGGAAUUUAAAUAUCAUGGACUAAAUCUUUCAAGUUAAUUGCAUCUGCGGUACAUCCAAUGUGGGAUCAUUUUCUACCUUCCCUAUUCUAUUCAAGACUUAGGCUAGGUUAUAAUAUUUACUUCUAGUUUACUUCUAUUUUAAUUUACUUCAAAUUUUAGUAUAAUUAUGAAACUCCUAACAUUAGGAAGAGUCAGUUGAUGACUCUGAGUUUUUGUAGUGAGUAACAAAGACCAAAAAGUAAGGACUGUAAUUAAUUAUAAUUCUGAUCUGUGCUAAGCUAGCUGGUCUGAGCCAAAUUAGCCACUGUAGCCAUUUAUGAUCCCAAUACAGAAGUCUCUGCUGGAAGUGAUGCUGAAAGUUAGAAUGUAUUUGGCUUCAAUGAUCUCACUUCGGCAUUUUCUUUUUGCUUUUCUCCGAUAAUUGAUGUUUUCAUGAACAUUGGCUACAUAGGCAAGUUACUGGACGACAUAUAGCAAAGCCUCACCUUCGGGGCAGAAGAAGCAGAAUACUCUCAAAGGAGUUAUUUCUGACCUAGUAGUAGUAGUAGUAGUAGUAGUUUUUUUGUUUUUUCUGGUGCAGUUAUAUAUUGCUCAGUUCUCAUCACUGUAAGGUAAUGUGAAUUAUCUUCAUUACUCCUGAGGAACUUAGCUAGUCAUUUGGAAAUUUGCAUUGCUUAGCAUUUUGAGUGAAUGAAUUUAUAUUAAAAGUAAGCUUACGGUACAAUAAAUGUUACUUUUGAAAAUUCCUACUCCAUGUUAACUAGUAAGUAUACUUGUUCCAUGAAGUUUGAUAUAAUUUGGGUGAAAGCAUACAAAGAAGAUCAUUAGUGUUUGUUUCCACUACUGAUUAGGAUUAUGUGUUAUUAGUUUUUCACCUCCAUGUCCACGUAUCCUUUAAAACAUUUGCAAUGGUAGCCUUUUUAAUAUUGAGUCUGUAAUCAUUGUGCCAAUGAGCACAGAACAAACAUUACUUAUCCAGAGUUGCUAUUCUAAGGCUGUUCUACAAAAAAAAGUCAUGAUAAUUGAAAGACUAUUAAUUUGAGUACUUGGGAAAGAGGGAUAGAAAUAGAUUGUUUGUCCAAUGGACAAAGAGAAUUCUUUGCUGAUCCUAAGAUGAAAUACUUAGGUAUUGGUCUAUCUGGAUUCGAUGCGAGAUUUUUGAAAAGAACAAUACCAGUGGAUGUUAGGCCUCUCCAUCCCAAACUAAGCAGGUGCAAUGAAGACAGGACCAGUGGAUGUUUAAAGCGUUCAAUAGCUGAAAUGGAAGCAGUUCUAGCAGAGCUAUGUAAUACAAUAAAAAACUCCAUAAAGAGGGCAUUAAAGAGUGCCAUCCUAAAUAACAUUAAGAAUGGAAAUGCGACCAACGAUUAAUUAUUAGCACCAUCUCAAGAAACAACAUGUCAAGUCAGAUGUGCUAAGAGGUGAUGUAUGCAGUUUCCUAAUCAAUUUAUAAGAUUGGCUGCAGCGCUUGGCCUUUCGUUUAUUUUGGUUGUCUCAUGUCAUUUAAUUUUGUACAUUAAGUAUUACUGUGACUAGAAGUGUAAAAUAUAUACAGCUGUAGUGUCAUCUGUAGCAUGCUUUCAGAUCUGAUGUUUCAGCUAGGUUCUGUUUCCUGAAAUGUGCUUGUUUGGCUCUUAAUGAAAGUCUCUGCUUAAUAUUUUAGUAAAAUGCAGUGGGCUUUGUGCACUUGACGCCAACACCAAGAGUCACAGAAACGCUCAAGUCUUUUUUUAUUCAAGGCCUUUAUUUUGCUGUGCGUAGUUUGUCCAUGCCACAACUUCUAGAAGUCAAAAUUCAGAUUAAAUGGCAUUUCGAACUCUGACCUGUUGAAGGUACAAGGUGAAGGAUACUACAGCAAUUGAUCUUUAUACAUUCCUUGUAUCUCCAACAAGUAUACAAUGCCUUAUUAUAAUUAUAGUAGAAACCCAGUUUAGUUUGAUUUAAUUUUGAACUGUAUUUAGCAUAAAGGUCCACUUAAAUAUAAAACUUAAUUUUUUUAUUUAGAGGAAAUGAACAGCACUUUAAAGGAGUAGUCCUGUAACAACUAUGAAUAUCUGUGUUUGCCUUUCACUGUUGGCAAACAUAUACACACAUCCAUCCAUGUGAAAUGACAGCUAGACAAUUCUCCCAGUCCUUUUAAAUUCUUGACACUUGAAGGCAGUUAUUUCAAUUGGGGAAUGUGUUUAUUUAGAGUAUGCUUCUUAUUCUGCAUUGCUGCUAUGUUAUAUUAAAUUGUUGACAUUGAAGAAUGAUGCAGACACAGUGUACUGUAACUAAUUGGUAAGAGGGUAUUUUAGCAUUUGUCGGGUAGAUGUAUUUUUUUCAGCUUUAACGCUAGAAUUCAGAAAGUGAAACUUAUCAAAAUUUAAAUUUUAGUCGACUACGAAACUUCUGUAAAAAAUGCAUAUAAUAGUCCACUGAUUAGUUUUCGAGUUGUACUAUUAUUUGUAGUUUUAGUUUGUAACCAUGAUUAUAAACAACUAAUAUAAUUUUCUUGUAAAAGCAGAAGAUUGAGUGCUCUAAUUCUCUUUUUUAACGAAAGACAUGAUGGAGAUAACUGAACAAUUACGUUGAACUUGUAAAAGUAAACAUCUAGUCCUUUUUAUAAGUUUCUUCUUGAAUUCUGAAUGUAUUUGUCUAGUUUAAGUUAGCCACACUAAUUUUGUGCUUUGCCUUAAACAGUACAUAAUGUGUGGGACUAUACCACAAGUUUUGAUGAGUGUGCAAUAGGGCAAGGAGGCAAAUGGGAGUUAAAUUAUGCUGUUAAUAGGCUGAUUCAAAUACAUGUACACGAGACAGUUUUUAAUUUGGCUGUCUAAGUAUUUUAUACUCAAUGGACGCAAAUACCAAUUUACAUUGUUUUUCACGUUUUUCCUCAUAAUUGAGCCAAGUUACAAACUAACCUGAAAGCCGGUCAUGUAAAUAAGGCCAAAGUAGGAAUGGAUUACUUUGAAUCUUCUCACACUUUCACAUGGAACAAACGUUCAUACUGAAUUUCCUGUUCCUUAGUAAAGUUUCAAAAAGAAGCUCUGAGGUGGACAGUAUAAGCAGUUCAGGACAUUGUACAAUGAAUUGCCCUAACAUACAUAACAUGAGAAAUGACAUGACAGCCGCUACAAGUCAAAGUACCUCAUAUUUAAUAAUGAUGCUAAAUUGAAUGUUCAGCAUCACAAGUACUGAAAAAUGGAAUGACUCGAGUGAAACUCCAAGAAACAUUGAUAAUGUUCCAGGGAUUGGAAAAUACAGUACAAUGCAGAAAUUAGAGGAUGUCUAGAGUGCCAGAGAAAUCAGUCAUCAGUUUUGAGAUCUAGCCAAAAUGAAAGGAUGGGUGUAAUGUAUUUAAAAGUUGAAUAUUGCAUUUCUUUUUGUUUUGAAGAGUUAAGUAUUGCAUGGGAGUUGGUAGGAAUUAUUUUUCAGUAAUGCAGUACAAGAUAUAGUUCUUGGCAAGGUAGAUAUGCCUGGGUUUAAUGUAUACUGACAGUUGGUGGAUGUAAAUGUUUAUAUACUGUUGCUUUAUUUUAGUUUGCUACAAAGCCAGAAGGCUAUUUUAAGUUAUUAAACAUUUUUGUACUUAAUUUAUUUUCUCACCAAUAUUAAAUUAUGUUUGAUUCUGUUUUAAAAGAUGAGUCUGACUGAACUCUUGUUUUGUUUUAUCUCACAGUUUCCAAAGAAAAAUAGUAUUCAUGUUUUUUUAAGGUUUUAAAGACAAGUUGUGUACCACAUGACAGCCUUGAGUUGUCUAAAACCAUUAAACUCAAGGGUUUAAAAUAGAAGGCAUUUCUAAAUGUUCUUAAAGAUUUUUUUGAUUGAUGUGAGCUUCGCUCUAACACCAAACUGGUGGACUGAAGCAUUGGUGCAUGACUUUAUCAAUUGAUCAUAUUUGCACUAAUGCCACGAUAAUUACCAGUGGCUCAAAUCGGAUUUUACUGGUUACGGAAUAUAUAAUUAUGAUCAGCCAUAACAUGCCUGAGCCUAAAUACUCUUUUAAACACAUUGGUGUUUUCCUCUGCUAUGACUAGUAUGUGUAGUUUAAGUGCAGUAAACAGUUUUUUUAAAAUGCUAAAGUUUAAUUAGGAAUUAAGUUCCUAUUGUAUGAUCAUAUUGCUAAUUCCUAAACACCAAGGGAACCUCUAAAUCUUAGUUGCUUUGAAGCGUAUUGCUUCCUCAAUUUAUGAAUUGUUUUCUUCUUAAACUUGAGCAUUUAAAAUGGUAGCAUUUAUGUAAUUGAGGUAACAAAGCAUGAGUCUGACUGCAGUAGCAGAUGCUUUACUUUAAACAAUGUUCAGCCAUGGUUUCAACAAUAUUUCAUGAUGCAAAAUUGAUUUCACAGUAACCCAUUCUGACUCUUGUUCAAUGUGACUUUCCAUUUCAGAGAACUAGCAUUUCUAACUUCCACAGUUCGAAUAUGUCUUUUUUAUAUGAAUCCACAUCAUUGCUGGUUGAAAAUGAGCCUAUCCCUUUAGAGUUUUGUAGUAAAGAGGUUGACAUAACUUAGACCAAUCAUACAAUGUCCUUUCAUUCACAAACAAAUACACCACAAUAAUUUGUUCAUAGUUUCCUGUGGUGUUUAAUACAACAUUUUUAAAGUUCUGUUCUUCCUAGCAGUUUCAACACAUGAUUGAAUUUGUUUGAGCUUUGUUAUUAUUUGUAGGAAAUCUACCUAGUUCUGCCUUGAACAUAGUGUAAGACUUCACUGGUCACGAUCAAUACUUGACCACUUUUGAUCUGAAACCCUGACAGGAUUUGACGAGCAUUGGACGAUACCUGACUUCAGUUACUUCAGAUUUAUGACCAUGUUAGGACUAAUUCAUUUUACUCUGCAGCCUAAUUGAUGUUCUUUUGUACUUCCUGUUGCCUAGAACAAAAAGUCGUUCAAAUGAGAAUUUUGUUGUUUGACUACUGUCCCCUGUGCACUAAAGAUGAAUCUUCAUUAACAGUAUCAGUGUUGCUAGAUUUUGGUGAUUGGGAGAAUAGGGCAGACUCAAAUGGAGAUACCAGAUUACUGUGCCUUUAAGUCAUUGGGUACAUAGCAUUUUGUUUUAUAGAUCCUUACUAUGUAGUAAGUAUUUAGUUCUGAUUAUUUUACAGUUCAUGGUAAGUAUUCCUGAAGUAGACACCAGAGCCUCUGAGUCAGGUGAUGACAAGAAACUUUAAUAAUUUGAGGAGAAUCUCCAUCUAGCAAUGAGGACAGGUCUACAAUGAUUCUGGUGUAGCAUCUGAGUUUGUUGCACAAGCAUUCUUCUCUCUACUUAUCCUGGCUUUAAAAUGGCCGGUGGUGACUUAGAAUAAAGUAUUCACUUGGUUCCUAUUACUAUAUAACGUUCUUUAUAACAGCUGAGAAAAAUUAGUUUUUUUCUAAGAGCAAUGUGAUGUUUUUACAUUGGAUUACAAUUUGAAUUUGUCAUGAAGAGAGCUGCACAAACAAUUUGGUAAAAUUGGUAUCUUAAUCUUGCAAAUUGAACAGUAAGAAAUCUUGUGUCUUCUAACUGUGCAUUAUUUGUACCAUUAGAUGGCCUUGUGAUAUUAAUUAGCAACCAAAGAUCAUAAUUACAUCUUAACAUCCGUGUAGUUUGGCUGUCUUUGCUCACCAGUUUUAACCAAGUAGUCCUAGUGUCUGUCUGGUGCCUAAAUUGACACCAUGUACAUAUGUACACGUUGAAUUACUUUGAUUACAAGUUGACUUGCAGAUUUGAAACAUUCAUGCUAGCAGUGGGUAGGGUAAUAUUUAUAUGGUGAUGACUAUCAAUAAACAGGCAGAUUUAUAUUACGUUGGAUUUGAAUAUAAUUUUCUGUUCAGUUAUAUUUACAAGCUACAGUAGUUGUGAGAGAUGUGCUGCUAUGUCUAGUUCAUAAUACCAAUUUAGUUUUGUACUGUGAUAGUUUAAUGAAUUGAUCAGCAUCGUUAUCCUUCUUCACAUUAAAUCACUGAACACAAAAAUAUAAAUUGAAAUUACAAAACUGAAUUGAUACUAGGAGCUGGUGGUCUAAUGUUCUACUACUGUUUAAUAUGCAGGAGUUUCCAAUUGGUACAGAAUGUUGUUGGUGACAAUCUGCCUCAAACAAGUAAAAUGGUUUGUUUGCGUAUAUCUAGCACUGUAUCAGCGCCAUUAAAAGCACUAGAUCUUUCUGAAAUGUACAGUUAUAGGUAGACAACACAGUCAAUUUGUGCAAAUGAAUGAACGACAAAAUAACCUGUUUGGUGUUGGUUGAGAAAUAAAAAUUGGUUAGGACAAUGUAGAACUCUUUCUUCUUAGUUACUGGGAUUUUUUUUCUCCCAUUCUCAACCAAAAAGGCAGGGGAUAAACUUUCAGGACCACAUCCAAAACAUUGUAUCCAUGACAAUGCAACACUUUUGUCACUAUAAUGCUGAAAUCUUGCCCUAAGUUUAAGUGCUUAACUAUGAUUUCUGAUUUCCUCAGAGGAAGAGCAUGCUAAACCAAGUUGUGAAUAUUUUUAUUUGGAAAAAUUGGAAUUGAAAUGAAAGUUUACAUGAUGCAACACUCCCCUCUUUUAAGAGGUCACCUCCACCCCAACUUUCAGUUCCACCCAGGGAGCUAUGUUCAGCGCAAGGCCUUCAAAGUGCAGGGCCCAGGGCAGCAUCCCUGAAUCAGCCUACCCUAAGGGCAGGUCUACCUUCAAUGAAGUUGGAAUAAAUAAUACUGUAUUGUAGUUUGCUGAAGCCACUUAUAAAUGAAACAUUGAAGCCUAGAAUCUUGGAAGUGGGUUUCGAAGUGGGCAGAAGGCUGACCCCUGGAUAAUGAAUGUGUCCCAGAUCAAAAUUCAGUAAAUACUCCCAUUGGCUUCAGUUAUCAUUUUGUGUCAGGACUGAAGAGGCCACAUUAGUUGAAAUUGUGGGAACAAAUGCCAGUCUCCCAGCACCUUGCCAAUCACAACCACCGAGCCUACAGGUAAAACAAAACUUAAUCAGUUUGUUCCUGAUCAAUCAAUAAGCAUGACAUGAAAGACCUCUGGGACUGUACUAGUUUUCUUCUGCCAUGAACAGUGGUAAUCUAAGGUGAUUGUGAUUUAAAUUUGAAUUACAGCAAAUCUUUAGGAGGUCAAAUAUAAAAUUACAUCUCCCGUAAACAGUGUAUAUCUGAAUUUACUGAAAGCUAAAAGAUCCUUUUUUUCCAAUUAAAUUUAUCCAAUAUUGUAGCAAUAAUUGUUUAUUUUGCAAAUCCCCAGGGCUACAAACACAAUGAUAACUAAUCAACGUAAGUUAUGCCUGAGUUGAUUUAGUUGAUAGGGAUUGGGUAUUACAUUUGAUCCACGUGCUGUUAUUUGAGCAGUUUUCCAAGUUGGUAUUCCUAAGUAAUUUGAACGAAACUGAAAGAUCCCAAAUCAAAAUCUCUUUCUAUGUUAAAGUGGAUUUAGUUAAGGGCAUUGUGUGGCUUGUGAGCCACAUUUGAAAACUGGUCUGUGAAGUUGAAACUAGAUUUGAUUUGAACCAGUUUUCACAAAAUGCACAAAAUUGCUGUACAGUCCAGUGGAAUAAACAGCAGGCCUGAAGUAUGCACCUGCAAAGACAAAAACAUAUUUAACAUUUUCGAGUCCAAUUUGUUCCCUCUUCAGAAUUGGAGUUCUGACAAAGAAUCUUAUGGGACUAACACUUGGAAAACCUAUUUAAUGGAAAUAAAAAAAAAUACUCUAAGCAUAGAUCCAUUAAUCCCAGAUUUAUAAAGAGAUCAGACGGGUAACAUUGUGAGUUCAUACUUUUCUUUUGAGUGUUGUUACUUUGACCAUUUGACCAGUUUGAAUGUUGAGGCCCUGAAAGAUUGUGCAUAGUGGUUACAACUGUUGUUGCCUCAUUAAUGGAUAAAUUAAUCAUUUAGUUGUGGGUCAGUAGAUUCAUAUUAGUCAGGAGGUCAUGUGUAAAUAUUACUAUCAAAGGAAACAGGGUGGCUAGAGCAUGUUACAUUUUGUCGGUCACAAUUCAUUGCCCUGUAAGGUGAACAGGUAAAUAUACCUGUCUUGUCUUUUUCAUCUUUUUUGCUGUGUUGCAUAUGAGGCUUUGCUAGUGAAUUGACUACAGGGUUUUGUUUCAGCAAUCUGAAAUUUGGCUCAUUAAUUCUUAACUGUGAGAGAAAUGAUUGGAUCUGAUAACACUCCAACUCCAAAUGAACAAUAGAACUUUUAAAAUUAACUUUUGUUUCUGGCUUUUUAGAGUAGAGUAAUGCAGAAAUAUCCAGAAGCCAGACCUGACAUGAUGGACAAAUCACAUCUGUUGGAUGCCCUACAACAAAAAUGUGCCCAAAAGAGGAAUAACACAUUAUGUGUUUUUGUAUUUCAACAAAAAGAAAUGCAUAACAGGGACGUGAUUUUAUUUUGAAGAAUCAUCAUUCCAUAUUGUAUGUCACCUGUAUAGGAGUAAUUUGUAUUGGGGUGUUUGGGAACCAUGCUGUACAGACUUUUUUUAUGAGAAAUUACUGUUUUUAUGUCCAGUUUUCACAAAAUGCACAAAAUUGCUGUACAGUCCAGUGGAAUAAACAGCAGGCCUGAAGUAUGUAGACUGGAAUAAAUACUGUUUGAAAUAU